AUGUCAAUUACGAGCAAGCUUGCAGCUCUUUCGGUCACCUACCCAUAUCAGGUUGUGAGGUCCCGCAUACAGAACGACGCGCAAGCUGCCAUGUUUCCAACGAUACCUGCCACCAUCAAACGCACGUGGGCGCUUGAAGGCACUCGUGGAUUUUUUCGAGGGUUAGGAACGAACCUCGUUCGUGUGCUCCCUGGGACAGGCAUAACUUUUGUUGUGUAUGAAAAUAUCGCUUGGUUGUUGCGAACCACGGCGAAGGAGCGUGAACGCAGAGCCCAGCUGCUCAAUGACGUGUAG